AUACACUCUAUUCCAAUCAUCAACGAAAUUGGAACUUCGUUCAAAGUUCCAAAAACUUUCCGAUUCCCGUCUCGCCAUGGCAACCUCACCUCCUUCCACCACUCCGAACGGCAGGUCCUCAAGAGUUUUUAGCGAAUCAGACGAAAUCCAGAUUCUGAAAUGUUUGUUCAGAGCCACCAAAUCCAUUCCUCCACCAAUCACAGCCGUUGGUACCCGAACAAUCAACCGCAUCAUCAAGCGUCUCAACUACAAGUUCACUCCUUCCCAAAUCAACGAUAAGCUCCGUAGACUGAGACUCAAGUACCAUAAACAUGCAAGAAACAAGUCCCUCGUAAGAACCCAUCACGACCGAAGAAUAUUCAAGCUGUCAAAAAGAAUAUGGGGCAAGAAAAUAUCCGCAACGAACAAUGAGAAGGUAGAAGAGGAAACGGGUAGCGGAGAGCGAAAUUGGGUGCGGAAUUUGGAGAAGUUUCCUUAUUUGGUGGCUGAGUUUUCGAGGGUUUUGCCUGAAAAUGAGGUGUGGAAAGAGAGGAUGAAGGGGUUGGAAGAGGAGAAGCUGAGGCAGAUGGAUCAAGAGUGGAUAUUUAUAAAGGUUGAAGAAGCUAAAUUGGUGGCUAAGAAGGCUGACUUGAUGCAGCAGCAGAUUAUGGAGAUACUGGGGGAAACUGUGUCUGCUAAUGGGGUGAGCUUUUGCAGCAAUUUGGGCCAAUUGGAAGAACUUUGAAAAUUGAAAAUUUUAUAUACUGCAGCUGGAUGAGUUUUCUUGCUGUUUGAUUAGAAGACCUUUGGUGGAUUUCUAGAAUUACUGUGGCUUGCUGGUGUAUUGAUUUUUAUGGGAUGUACCUUUUCAGUUUUCACCACCCAAUUCUAGGGAGGGUCCUCUUCCAGAAUUCAAACGAGAAAAGGGCUUCACCCUGACACCCUGAGCCUGAAAGAAGUUAUCAGAUAUUUGUUAUUGUAAUUUUCAAUUUGGAGUUCAGAUUAGCAUGAAUGAAUGCAAUAAGUUAUCAGAUAAUAA